AUGGAUGUUCUUUUCAGUGUAAAAGCUGGAGGAAGCUGCAACACCGCUGUGGAGGUCGUUUGCAAGCGAGGAGACAAGAGAAAGAUCGACUCUGCUGAGGGAGGACCGAGGAGGAAGAGGAGACUGGUCACUAAGGACGUUGAGGAGGAGCACACCAUCAGGACUCGAGCAAAGACAAAACACAGAAAGGAUUCGGCGUCCACCUCUGCAGUCACUGGAAGCUGCAACACCACUGUGAAGGUUGUUUGGCAGAGAGGAGACAAGAGGAAGGUUGCCGAUGAUGAGGAAGGACCGAGUAGGAAGAGGAGACAGGUCACUAAGGACGUUGAGAACAUUGAGGAGGAGCCCACCAAACAACAAGAGUUUGAAGCCAAAUAUAAGGAACUGGAUCACAUUGGUCAAGGAGGAUCUGGAUCCGUGUUUGCCGGCCACCGCAGAGCCGACAACCUCCCUGUUGCCAUUAAACACAUCCCAAAUGAAAACGUCUGGUUCACACAUGAGGACAACAACGGGAACACAAUCUCCAUAGAGGUCGCCAUCAUGUUGAAGCUGUCGGCCGAGUCAGAGGGGACAUCGCCAUACGCAUCCCUGCUGGACUGGUAUCAGAUGGAGAGGGAGCUGGUGCUGGUGAUGGAGAGGCCGAUCCACGCUAAGAGUUUCUGGAGCUACCUCAGAGCGGAAGGAGUCUCCAUGACGGAAGAAGAAGUCAAGAUCAUACUGAGGCAGCUGGUCGAUGUGGCACUCGAUCUAAAGAGAAAGGACAUUUUCCACCGUGACAUAAAGACAGAGAACAUGCUGAUUCAGACAUGCUCUGACGUCCCGCGAGUUCUCCUCAUCGACUUUGGUAUGAGCUGUUACGACGAGGGGAGACUGAGACGCUGGAGGUAUUUCGGUACUGUGCCCCCCCCAGAGAUUUACACUCUAUGGGGGUACACAGCAGAACCCACCACAGUGUUUCAGAUCGGAGCAGUGCUGUUUGAUGCCCUGCACGAGGAAAAGAAUGAGUUCGACACGAUCAGGUUCUUUACGAGUGGUCAGUCUCUCCCCAAAGGGAUGUCCAAAGACUGCGACGACUUCCUCCAGAUGUGCCUAAAAAAGUAUCCCAUAAAUCGUCCAACGCUGGAGCAGCUCAGAAAUCACCAGUGGCUCAGAUAAUCGAACAAGAACGCACCACACGCACAAACAUAUGGAUAACAUUACAUGCACUACAACAUACACAUACAUAUAUAUACAAACAAACAUAGAGAUAAACACAAAGUCACACUAACGUACAUAAAUAAAUAUAAAUACACACAUUAACAUAUAAAUACACACAUACAUACACACAUUAACAUCUAGAUAUACACAA